GGAAGUCAAGAGCUCUUUCACCCAUGCAUAUUUUUAGCCCGCUUCUAAAUAGAGAUGUGAUAGGGUGCUUGUCAAGUUGCGUUGCAUCAGGAGUCCUGGUGACUUCUUUGUCACUUUCCGGUCGAGGAACAGAUUUGCUUCCAUCUGGCAUCUUCUGCGCCAGAUGCAGCAGGUGUGUACGUAAGUACUUACUCUGAUCUUGCCGGCUCGUGAUCCGUGCACCAUUAUAGAAUGACGCAACGGCAAAGAUAACCCAUGAUGGCUUCGGAUUUUCUGAAGCUAUUACUCGGUCCGGAGUUUACUUGUAUCUGGAAAAUGCACUACGCGGGCGAGUAGGCCGGUAAGAACAUCAUUCACAGGAACAAGAUCAACGUCAUGCCGAUCGAGGAUAUGCUUUGUCAGCCCGGAGGGCAAGAAGACAACUCCGGUGACGAUGAAUCGGGCAGCGAUGCUGGGGGUGCGGAACGUAGAAAGCGAAAGUCAAAAAUCACCUCGCCCGAGGAGGUGAAUUACCUGGUUCACAAACGAAAAACGGAGCACGCGACAGGUGGCACGACGAGUCAGCAGCAUCAAUUGGUGCCGUAUAAUGAUGCACGAAAAAAUAACGCUUCUAAUCCUCCGGGCAGCUCCCCACGGGAGCCUCUCAUGUUCAAGUUUCACCUUCAGAACGACCCGGAGUUCCGGUGGUUGCAGGGUCUCGCCGAAUACACUCCUCUGCUAGAGUGGAACCCUUACACGUACGACAUGGGCACGUCCGCGGCCGCCACUGCGCCUCCCCUGACGCUGCAGGGCGACGCCGCGCAGAAGAAAAACAAAUCUGCCCCGCCCCGGGAGUCUACUUCGCUGAAGCGCCGCAACACAGAUCCGACGCUCGCCGGGAUGGACAAACAGGCCAAGCAGCGGGAGUACGAGAAGCGAAAGCGGGAGGCCGCGCUCACGCCGAACAGCACGUUGUUUGGCGAUCCGAGCUACUACGAAGAGUUGGAACUGCUGCUGGAGCAGCAGCUGCAGGCCUACGCCGAGUGGUACGCCGAAGGACUCCAAAAGGUCCAGCAGAUCGAGCACGAGCGGCGGAAAUGGAUUCGGGCCAUCGAACUCGCGGAGGACUACGAGGAUGAACAGCUCGCUGGCCCUGAGGACGAGGAAGAUCCGUACGCGCGCAAGGACGGGGAGAGUUCCGACAGCGGACUGGACAACGUCAACUUCGCCGCGGAGGAGGGCGGGAUUUCGAGCAUCGAAAAGGCCCAACGCGAGAACGCCCGACAGAUGGAAUUGAAUCGGCAGGGCCUGAACCUGGGCAACGUGGCCGGGACGAGGCUGCUCGCCAGUCAGCGCAUCGAGCUGGAGCAGGAGCACGAGCGCAUCCAGGCCAUGAUGGCGGCGGGCACCUACCCGGGGAGCGCCGGGGGCGCGGGCAGUCUCGGGUCGGGCGGGGAAGUGGCGCAGGACGACCCGAACAAGAAGCCGGACUUCAUCGGGCAAGACCCUUACACGAAGGAGGAAAAUCUCUCCUCGACGGAGCUGAAGAGCCGGAUGAAGGAUUUGUUUGGGAAAAACAAGUUCGAGUUCCUCCAACGGUACCUGCAGAAGAAUCCAAUUCGUAGUGUGGUGAACUUCGGGUACGACCAACGCCGGUUCGCAAUCCCGACGGACUGGACACAGCCGCGGCGCGUUUUGACGCGGUGGGAAGACAUCUGGGGGCAGUUGAAGAUGGUGAAGGCGUGCCUGGGCCGCCCGCCGGUGAAGCCGCGGUCCCUGCACUUUUGUGCGGAGGUGGUGCUGCUCCAGCGGCAAAUCAUCAAGGACAACCUGGGCCCGCUGUUUGUCGAGGAGGAGAUCAUUCACUCGGUGUUCAAUCCGCCGCGUUCGCAAUCGCUGCACGUCGUCAAAAUGCUGGGACAGUCGGUUUUUCAGCCGAGUAGAACAGCGUUCAGCAAGCAGCUGGUGCUGGAGCACAUGGCAGCAGCCACGCACUCUUCGGGUAGAAGUUCAUCCGGUGCAAGUAACCUGAAGCUGCUGCGUGCGAUAGACGGAAGUCCCGCAUCCAUUGAACACCAUGCACCCGACGAGGAAUGUACAACUGUGGGGUCGCCCGGUCGUGGAACAAAAAGCGCCAACUUACCGAUCGUUCCGAGCAUGGGUGCGGAUGUGCUACCAGCGGCAGCGUCGGGGUCGCUGCAGCUCAGUCAUCUGAAGGGCGUGAAAAACUGGAACUUCGUGAAAGAAGAAAUCCAGCCUUUGGCGCCCCCGGCGAAUUUCAUCACGGGCAUGCACGAUUACGCCGUCUGGUUCCAGCAGCUCAAGUAUCAACUGUAAAAAUGUCUGGGUCUGGAAGAAUCCAACUUGUCAUGCUGAUUUUGGAUUCUAAAAAAAUCUGUAUUGCAUGAGCAGCAAAGAGAGUCCAAAUUUUGCAGCACGGAAAGAGCAUUUGUCAUGCGGAAUAGGCAUCAGGAAGCCCUUUAAAAAUCUGUGAUGCUAGGGCAUGCAUCACAGACUUGAGGAGUCAUGCACAACGUGCAUGACAAACCCGGCAAUCUUCCAGACCCAGACAUUUUUACAUUUGAUAUCAAGGUGUCCAGCUGGCGCUGGUUUGUUCCUCCGGAGCUCCAGGAACUGGCCAUAUCGAAAGGAAAAAUCCCCCCUCCCCAUAUCGAAAACGAAACUUGUGAUGCUGUAUUUGAGGUCACAAGUCGACUUGUCAUGCUAGAAGGUCAAGACCUGCACUCGUGGCCUCGUUUGCAGGCAAUUUGUCAUGCUGUUUCCCACUCUCAGCUGCCUCCUAUCAUGCUGAAGAUGCAACGCUUACCGCCCACGCCACCGAGCACUACAGUCCGCAUCUUUUCCCGUGUAGCAUGACAAAGCUGAUUUGUGACAACAAAUCUGCAUCACAGAUUUCCGCUUUGAUAUGGGGAGGAGAAAUUUUUCCUUUUGAUAGGCCAUCCAAGCCGUUUACGCCCUGCAGGACUACAGCCUCGAGUGUGCCGACAAAGAUCGAAACAAGAAGGAGAUCGGCGAACGGCGGGCCGCGGAAAAGGCGGAGGCCAAGCGCCAGCUAGAGGAGAAGGCAGCGGAGGAGAAACGGCUGGAGGAGCGACGAACCAAGAAGGAGACGCUUGGCUUCAUGAAAAACCCGGAGGAGCUGCCGGUUUGGUUGCAGCGCAAAAGCGUAGCGGACAACUGGACAUCGCCCAUCCCGCUCAUGCCCGAGUAUUCGCCAAACCUCCUGCUGGAGCAGGACGCAGAGGAGCAAAAAAAGGCGAAGAAGCUCGGGGACGACGCCAACCCGGACGCUUACAAGCGCCAGACCGCACGACAAACCACCGUGAGCGCCUCCAGUGCCGGCGGCGUGGCGGCUGCCGCGGUCCUGCGCCGGGCCGUCCGGAAGGGCGUCGGAGGCUUGGCGGCGCUCACCGCCCCGACUGCCUCCUGGAAGGCCAAGGAGGAUCUGGAGAAGAAGGACACGGUGGAUGUCCGCCGGAAAACUACCCGGGGCGAAGACUGGAAGAAAGAAACGAAAAAGAAAGUGAAGCAGCAACAGACCAUGGUCCAGCAGCGUAACGAGGUGACCACGGCGAACCUGGCAAAACUGGAAGCAGCGCGUGCCGCAGCUUCCGACGAAAACGAGGAGGCGGUCCAAGGAGGACCCGCGGCCUCGUCCGCGAAAACAAGCAAGAAAAAAGGGAAGAAAAAGAAGAAACGCAAUGAGGAUUUUGAAUUCCAGCAGCAGCGGGAGGAAGUCCGGUCCGUGCUUUCCGAAGAAAGUACGGGUUCCGCCCGCGGGACGCGAUUCCACGUUGCGGAGCACGAGUUACCGAGCCACAUUGACAUCAAGCUCCUCCGGUUUCUCCCACGUGACUACCUUCGGGGUUUGCGCAUCACCAUGCACGGAAUGGACAUCCUGCCGCACUUCGAGGAAUCUUUUCUCUCCCAGCACAACCCGAUGUCGCCACGGACCUGCAGCAUCGAGAAGCUGGGGCCGCCCUUUCCGAUCUUCUUCGAAAAGGAGCGCAAGGACCCCAACCGGCAACCGUUUCCGCGGGGCCCGACAUUCCCCGAAUUUUACGUGAACAGCCAGGACGACCUGAAGAGCUUCGGAAAGUUUCCCGGCUUCGACGCGCUGGAGACCAAAGGGGAAAAGCCACGGCUGGCGAAGCUGAAACAGGCGGAGGAGGACUUGGCGUAUUGUGCGGACUCCGCCGAGCAAAAGCGCCUCCUCCGCUACACCAUCAAGACUCUGACCGAAACGCAGGACAAGGCGUUUGCCUCGGAGAAACUGAAGGAGGAGUUGGCGGAGGACGAGCUCCAGAAGCGGCAAAAAGCCGGCAUCCAGCACAUUCCGCACACCGACCCCGAGGAGCGCGGCGUGAAGCAGUCUUCGAACACGAAAAACUGCGUCGUGGGGCUCGCGUUUCCCGACCCGAAUCCGUCUCUGCUGCAGUGCACACUGAAAACAGCCCUGUUUGAUCCGGUGAAGCUGCGGACGCACCUCUGGGCCAACCCCCGCCGCGUGAAAGACGACUGGACCGGCAUGAUUCGGUUCAACAAUUUACUAAAGGAGGGUCUCAUCCCGAACGUGUCAAUCGACCAGGCCUUGGCGUUGGACGAGGCCACGUUUUGGGAAGUUCUGGCGAUGAACACGUUCCCGCUGAGCGGAACGCGGCGCCGCCGGUUCGACCGGUUUUGCCCCGACCGCAACUUGAUUUUUCGCGACACGCGCCCGGUGCGCGUGCGCGGCGAAAAGAGCGCGGGCGGCGUCGCGGACCUGGAACGUCGCCUGUGGGUGCCGGUUCGUCCCGGAAUAACAAACGGGCCGCCGUCGGCAGGGGGCUCUUCGGCGAUCACAUCGGGAGGAGCGGCGGCCGAAGCAGUUGCGGUGGUCCCAGGUGGACCAGGAGGAGACCAAGGUUCUUUGGCAGCGCCGCCUGCCGUUGCCGUUGCGGCGGCAGCUCCGCCGGUGAAACUGCCGACGCUGGGUGGGGGAGGCUUGUCGACCAUGCGAGCAUUGGGGAAGUUUAAACGCAUGAAGGGGAAGUCCCCGGGCAAGUCGGUAGGAUUUGCGGAGGGCGCCGAAGUCACCACCUUUGCAACGGGAGGCUCUUCGGAAAAUCAUGAUCAAUCCGUGCUGCCUACUGCAUCUACUCCUCCGCCCGCCGGGAAGGACGGCCCUCAGAGCACAGAAGAUAGCACGACCCUCUCUUCUUCAAGCACGACCAAUCCGUUUGCAGGAGCAGUUGCGGCCGUCGCUAGCAAGGCCAGUGCUUUUACGAUGAUGAAGUCCAUGUCGAAGCUCAAAAGCGCGCUGAAGGGCGGUAAUGUACAACAGCAUGUCGACGACGAGCAAAACAUGGCCAAAUUUUUUCCCCCGCCGCGUCGCCGCAAGGUGGUUCGUGACUACUACCUCUUGGGGGGCGAAAUCUACGAUUCCUCGGAUUCUGAUGUGGAAAGUGAUAUCGAGCAGACGAAAAUGCCACAUCCGCGCACGGGACGCACCUUUGCCCGCGGGGUCGGCUAUUACCUGUUGAACCCGGAGCAGAUCAUUCGGCGCAAGAGCGGCGCGAUCGCCCCGGUGUGGCAGAGCUUCGAAGGCAAGGCGGAGUGGCUGGGAGGACUUCAGUACAGGUUGGAAGUGGUCAUCACCACCUUAGUGCCCGCCGCCACGAAGAUCAAGUUGCUGGGCAAAUUUAACGGCAAGCAGGAGGAGAAGGCCCUGCGCUGGGUGCGGAAAAGCGGCGAGGUGAAAAUUUUGGAGGACGCCACGUCAGAAAAAUCGAAGGCGUCUUCCGCCGCGUCAAGCAGUCGCACGGGCUCUGCGGCGUCCUCUGGUGCUGCAAAAGAGGACAAGGAUGCAGCUUCCACAGGUGAAAAGAAAAACGGUUCCGAUGACGAAAGCAGCAGCGGUUCGGGAAGCAGCUCAACCGGAGACGAAGACGGCUCCUCUUCAUCCUCGGCAGAAACAAGCUCCAAUGAGAAGGAACAUCAAAACGAAGAGAAGAAUCCACAAGACGGAGGGGAUGAAGAUCCCGACGGCGACGCAAAGAAGAAGGAGGGCCAAGAUGCUGACAGCGAGCCGAAAAAGAAGAAGAAAAAAAAGAAAAAGAAGAAGAGCAAAAAACGCGAUGGCGAAAGUACUGAGCAGGGCGGCAAGGCUGGUGAUAGCGACGGCGAAAGUAAAGACGACGGAACAACGAGUACUGCUACAGAGGAACAGAAAGCACAACUCAGCGACGUCGAGGGUGAAAUAAAAGAGGGAGAUGAUCUUGCCGGCGUGCCUGAAGUGCAGUCCACGACGGUCGAAGUCAUAGCGAAGGCGAGCUGGAAGCGCGCCAAGCGGAAACUGGGUGGAGUUCUAGGCGCCAUGAAGCGAGGUGCAGGAGCCCAAGACAAUUCUGGCGAAGAAGGCGGAACCGCAGGGGGGAAUGAUAAGAAAAGCGAUGACGAUUCAGCGACCGCCUUGGAGAAGCAGAAAAAGGAUAGUGCCAAGAAGAAAAAGAUGAUGUCGCAGACGUUGACAACUUUCAAAUCUUCACUGCCAAAGAUUGUUCCGAAAGUCGCCGCUCCACCAAAGCCGCAGGCUCACGUUCAAUGGCUGUCGAAGUAUCGUUUUACCUGGGACGCCCGGGUCAGCAAAAUUCGCGACCUGCAGCGGGCCAUUGAGACGGCCCUCUGCGAGAAGCUGGAUCUGGAGAAACCCAAUACCGGGCUGAAUGUGCAGAAAAAGUUCUCGGGCGCCGUUGGAAAGCUGAAGAACAUCCGCGAACAGCUUGCCCUCGGAGAUGAUGGGGACGGCAAACCUGUUGGUAUCGAUGCUCAGUUGGAGGCCAUGACUAACGAAGCUCCACCGGGCUCGGCCGAGAAGCCCAAGGCAGUUGCGGCGGAAAUGGACGACAAUGAUGGAGCGGAUGAGGACGGGAAAAAGUCGAAAAAGAAGAAAAAAGUUUCCUUUGGCAAGGACGGGUUGCCGCGCGAAGAAGGAGGAGCAAUCCCUGGAGGUCAGCAAGGUGACGAAAAAGACAACGCAAAGGCAGAGGGAGAUGAGCAAAAUAAAUCCGAGUCGUCUACUUCCGAGGGGAAAAAAGGAGGCAAGAAAAAGGACACGGCCGCGGGGGCGGGCACAGUUGGUGCUCCUCCAGAGGAGCCCGUCGUGCCCGCACAGGUAGCCGUUCCGCCAUCCAAUUGGGUACUGCGCAUCAAAAAUUCGGAUCAUCUGGACUGGCCACCGCCGGAAUUGAACGAAAAGCUGAAUGACGACACGUACGUGUUCAAGGGACGCGGGAAAACCUUGCUGCACGAGGAAGACGAAAUCGAGUGGUUAGACGGCCCCAUUGAGAAAGAAGGCAUUCUAGACACUUGCUGGCGGACCAAGUGGCAGAGCCGCAAAUUCGAGGCUUUGCGCGGCCUGGCGUGGCGGAAGGGAGCGUUCUCGGGCUGUCCCCUGCCUGGCAGCGCGCUGGCGGCGCGAGCGGAGGCCCGGGCGAGCGCACCCGGAAAUUUCUUGAAUCUUUCGUCCGCCACAAGUCUGGCACUAGCGAUUGAGGCGGCGGCUUCCCAGCAACAGAAAAUGCUCGCGGACAAAGCUGCGGCUGCACUGGUUCCCAAGAAAGCCUACGCAGUAGAAAAGUUUCCCCGAAACAUGAUCACGGCCCCGAACUCUCUCCGUGCGAUCCACUUCGGCUUUCCGACCAGUAAGCACCGACGGUUCUUCCUUUUUGCCAGUCCGCAGCCCUCGUCGUCGAAAAUAAACUACGGUGUAGCCGCCCCCGCGGCCAGUCAUCCGGCCAUGCCUGCUGGUACUUCUUGUUCGUGGGUUACGUAUCGCUUGGACAUUGAACAACCGCGCGCUCCGCGCCCUCCUGCUCAAGAAGACAUUUUUCCAAAACCUCUUGCUGCGGCAGCACCCACCGAAGAGAAUUUGCGAAAUUAUGCUCCGCCACGAACAGAAGCGAUUGGUAAAGCGGCUCCCUUUCUGAAGAUGAAGGGUCUCGCAGCUCUUGCCGCUUUUGGAGGUAACAAGCGACCGAUUCGCAAGCGCGAGCGCAUGCCCCGCGUUGAAGUUGAGGAUCUCGAUAGUCCAUUCAUACCGCCACCGCCGGAACUUGUUUCUCCUCCACCAGCGGGGGCAGCUGCCGGCAUCGCUAGUGUAGUAACAGCGGAUGAUAUUAACUCAGCGGCUCCAGCAGCAUUGCCGGGCACCACGACUGCUGCAACAGGGGAGUUAAUUGCCACGACCAUAAACGAACACGGGGAAACUGUGCCAGCACACGUUCUUUCGGUACUGGAAGAGAUCGAAAACGAGGAGCGUCGGAAACAGCGGGACGAGAAAUACGACGCCGGUUUUCUGCCUGCGACAGCAGAAGAUCGCUCGGACCCGAAUGAUCCCGCCAGCAUCGUGCAGCAGACAUUCCGCUUCGAAUUCCACCACGGAACUACAUCAAAGCGCUCCAUAAAUAACGCGCGGCCGCCUUCUAAUUCCCGCCCCGCGCCGAGUGCACUCGGCGAGCUCGGUUUGGGCGCCGCCGCCUUUCAGCCAGCGCUGCGGAACUUUUACCGCGGGCCAAGUUACCAGGUCCUCGCGAUUCUGUUGUACGAAAAGUUGGACCACCUACGGAGAGGCUACCUGGCCCGGAAUGAGUGGGAGCCGGCCCUCGCCGAGUUUUCGGCCGCGACGCUGCACGACCUGGAGGCCGGCGCUGUUGGACAACAACAUAGCAUGGUAGAACAGCACCCCGCGGGCCUGGACGACGAAUUGACGCCCGAUGUUGUGAUCGGUCGCGCAAAUGUCAACAAUCGGGACGAUCACUUCCGUGGGGGGCGGAAACUGACCGAAGAGGUUGGUGCAAGUACCCGGAGUCUGCUGUCAGAGCUUUCGCUUAAGGGAUACGCCACCAACGCAAAAGGCGAAAUGGAGCGACGCGAGUUCAUGGCCUUCGUGCAGGCUCUGCGCGAGUCGUGGGGCGAGAAGAAACUCUUCUUCCGUCUUCGAGCGAUGCUGCUGCGUCGCGCUCGUGACCGCAUCCGCGCACAGCUGCUGUCCAUACAAGAUGCCAAGUCGUGAUCAGAAACUUUGUUGACCGGUACGCUGAAAAGUGCGACCU